UGAAUUAAUGCUUUUCUAUUAAAAAUUUAAAUCAAUGUUUUUUGUUAUCAGUUCAAGAGACUUUGUUGUAAUAUCAAGAAAAAUUGUUGAAGGUGAUUUUACAUAUGCUAUUGGAAAAUCAUUGGAACAUCCAAAUCAUCCACCUGUUAAAGGUGUUGUUAGAGGAGAUCUAAAAAUUGGUGGAUGGAUUCUUGAAAAAAGAGAAGGAGUAUUAUUAAUAUUUUAAUAAAUUUAAUUAGGGUACAUUUUGUAUAUUUGUAACUUGGGCUGAUCCUAAAGGAAUGCUACCUAAAAAAGCAGUAAAUAUUGUUGCUGGGGCUUAAGGAAAAGUAGUAUAACAAAUUAAAUUACUAUUGGAUGAAAGAAAAAAAAAUGUAAAUAAAUGA